AUGUUAAACGCAAAGUAUUUUCCAUGUAAAAUUGGAGAUCAAAACUUUACUUUAGAAUUAUCUACAUCCUCUUUAGAUCUAAUUAAUUAAGAAUAAAAAAUUACCUUUAAACUUUCUCUAAAACUUAUAAUAACUUGGAUUUUUUAUGGAGAUAAAAUAAUUGGGUUUAAAAUUGAAAAUCUUGAAGUAGAAGGCACAACAGAAAAUAUGGCUAAAUUAAAAAUGAGCCUGGGCUGUCUUGUAACUUUUAAAGGAAUUUUAAAAUUUUAUACUUUUCAAUAGACUAUUUACCUAAACUAAAACAAUACAACUAAAGUAAGAUUUCUUAAAAAGAAUUUAGAUUUGUUCACUGAUUAGUAAUAGAAAUUUUAGAAUUUAUGCCUGCAAGUGUUAUAAAAAAUCUAAUCGAUCAAUAGAAAACAUCCAUGAAGAAAUAAAUUUAUUACUAAAACUGCAAGGAUAAAGUUUUAUUCCUAUGGUAUAUGAAGUAUACGAAUCCAGUUCUUGUGUAUAUUUAAUUAUGGAACAUUUAUACAGAAAUUUUGAUAAUGACUUUACUGAUGAAGAGAUUAAAAUAAUUGUUUAUGUAUAUUUUAUAAUUUACUUAGAAUUUGCUAAUAUCGAUCAAAAGAUUAGAAAAAUUGUUUAUAGCUCAUAAAAGUAUUUCAAGAUCUCACAUAAUGUUUGAUGAAGAAAAUUAAUUAAAACUAAUUGGAUUUAGCAAUGCAGUUUUUCAGAAAACGACUAAUCAUGAAUUUGAGCUGGACAUUUUUAAAGUUGGCACUCUUAUGUAUAAAUUGUAUAUAUUUAUAAAAUAAAAUAAGUUACAAAAGAAAUAUGGAAGAUAAUUAAGAUGAUUUUCCAGAAAUACCAGAUUCUGGAUCCGAGCUUAUGAAAAAUCUCCUUGAAAACUAAUCUUUUUAUAGAUUUAAUAUUGAUUCAGCUUUAAAGCAUCCAUAUUUUAAUUCUCUAAAAGGAGAUGGAAUUAAUAAAUGUAUUUAUUUUUUUUAUUAAAGAAAUUUUGUCUAUGAAUCCUAAAUUUAAAGAUAAAAUUGAAGAAAUUUAAUCUUUUUAAACUAAAAACUUUGAUAAUACUCUAUUAUCUUUAACCAAAUAAUAAUAUUUCCAAAUAGAUCUAUCAACAGAAUUAUAAAACUGA